AUGGUGGCACAGAAUUGGCCGCCCUGGAAUAAUUACCCUCACAUUUGUACGGGUGUUACAUUCUUUUGUACCGCACUCCUUAUCUUCCUCUGGAACGGCGCCGACAGAGCAAGAAGUGGCCAUCAUCGUGCCAAAUUUUGGGACGACAUCGUAUUCAACGGCUGGGCAACACAGCUAGUCACCAUCUGCUCUGCUGUCAUACGAGUGUCAAUUGGUUUUCAGAUUGGCCUUGCCGCUGCUGCAAUGGCAGCCGUUAUCCUCGAGACUUCAGUCCUUGCUCUAACGGUCGUCAUUGCAUUAAUAUCGACCCUCACCUCGACUAUCCUCCUCUUCGAUCUCGGCGAAGGCCAGAUCUCGGCUCCGAUAACCACUGCUAUCAAAGCUGUUGGCUUCGAUACAGCAGGCAGCUCUGCUUACAGCAGCAUUGCGUACUGGAGAUCCAGGCCUCCAGCCCAUUGGCGAUUUGCCGAGAUGGAGACACCACUUCGCAUCGACAAUGCUGUCGAUACAGGAGACGUCUAUCGCGCAAUGCUGCCGUAUGAUAAGGCAUCGGACAGAGCUACUCUCGAGUAUUAUCAUGGUCCUGCUGUUGUUAUCAAUCAGCGUACUGCUUGUUUCCCACCAACUUUCAUCAAUACUUCAAUCCAGUGGGACACAGGUGAGAGGACAGGGAUCAACGGCUUGUAUCUCACAUUCGCCGUCGAAAACCAGACUGACUCCUUGGUAUAUUGCAAGCUACAGAACAUCUGGAAUGACACCAAAACGUCGACGAACUGGCCUACUGCCUUGUGCAACGAGCUUGCGAUGGUGGAAGUGUCCUCGAAAAACGUUACAAUGAAUCCGCUAUCUGGUUGGUCAUAUGGCUUCAGAUAUCUUACCCUCAUAAACUCUGGUGAAGUGCUGAAUGAGCGUUUUGAGUCAGGCAUGGGUAGUGCAAUCCCGCCUGACCUUCAAAAGGAGUUGGAUAAUUUGUCAUAUCGGACAGAUGGGCCAUGGACAUUGGCCCAGACAGCUAAUGGGACUGAGGUGUUCAACGCCACUAUUUGUUUCAUCAGCCAGAAUCUGCCUCACAAGUUCAACGUCACUAUGACCGAGAAAGCCGUCGCUUCAGAACCUACGUUCUUGACGGAGUUGUCAAGCCUUACAGUCCUAAGGAACGAUACAGGUGUUCUCAGACAACUUGGCGUCGCCAUCUCUCCAGACAAUACCACGGGACGCGGCACCUUGGAUCUCGAAGUCCACUCAGGGCCAGACCUUUGGAUGGAGCUCGACGGAGAAGUAUCGAUACAGUCUGCGUACUUGGAGCUUUGGGUCACACUGGUUGAAUUUUCCACUCUCGGUGGCUGGAGCCUCGCAGGCAACAUUGUGUUCAAUGACCUCACCACUACGGUCAUUUGGGCGACGCAUCCAGAGCAUGCAGCUAUGUUCCAGAAAAUCCUCCAUGAGACCAGCAACCCAGCACUAGCCCUGCAAGCAGUUAUGUUCCGUGUUUAUCAGAUGUUAUACUACGGCUGGCUUCCCAUCUUCGAACCUACACACGAGGGUGUUUCCAGGCACAGGUCUAUAUACUUUGUUAGCAAAACCAUACCAAUUAUAAGUCAGCCAGUAUUAAGAAAACCUAAUUAUAUUUAG